AUUCGAUUAUCAUCAAAAAAAAUGGGCUCAUCUGAAGAAAAACAUUUUACUUUUGAUAAAACUCCUGAUCUGACUGGAAAAGUCGCAAUCGUUACGGGAGGAAAUGAUGGAAUAGGUUAUUUUACUUGUAGAGAAUUGGCCAGAAAAAAUGCACACGUGUUCAUGUUAGGUCGGAAUAUCGAGAGAUGCCAGACUGCCAUUGAAAAAAUUAAAUCGGAGACUGGUAAUAAAGAAAUUGAAUUUUUACCAUUGGAUUUAAGGAGUUUAAAAUCCGAUGAAAUUCAAGAGGAAUUUGGAGUCAAUCAUACUGGACAUUUUCUUCUCACUAAAUUAUUAUUACCAAAAAUUAAAGCUUCACAACCAGCACGUAUAGUGAAUGUUAGCAGUCGUGGUCAUCGUAGAGCUGCUGGAAUUGAAUUCGAAAAGUUAAAUGAUCCAAAUGCGUUGGACUCGAUGCAGCGUUAUGUACAAUCAAAACUUGCAAAUAUUUUAUUUACUAAUGAAUUAAAUAAACGAUAUCUUGAAGGAGAACAAGUAUAUGUUAACUCCCUUCAUCCAGGACUCGUAGAUACCAACAUGUUAAGAAUGAACGAUGUAUCCCUUCCGGAAACUAUGUUAUCUUCUUCAAUUUCACCUGAGGAAGGAGCUAUUACUACCUUAUAUUGUGCUACCAGUCCAGAAAUCGAAGAGAAAAAUUAUCGCGGAAAGUAUUUUGACCCAUUCGGUAUAGAAG